AGAUGGCGACUUCUUGAGUAUGUGGUGCAUCGUCAGCUGAUGCGGACUUGCGAAUUCGGACCCAGAAUCAGGAAACAAGUAACCAAGUAAGAAAUCAUUCCUCGCCAAAUUAGUCAGCCCAAGCAAGCCGUUCCCAGUGCAAACCAUGUCCCGGUAGCGCUCUUCCUUCGCUCGCCAGCGAGCGACGCCGAAGAAGCGACGAUGGACAGCAAGGACUACGACCACACGAAAAACAUGACGCUGAUGUUCUUCCUGGACCGACUGAUGGACAAGGGUCAGCCGCGCACGCUGCACGACCUGUCCUGUCAGUUCGGCACCAAGGGCUUCACUAAGGAGAUGCGCCAGAUCGCCGGCGGCAGCCAAUCGGGGCUGCGCAAGUUUCUGCAGCAGUACCCGUUCCUCUUCACCAUCGACGGCGACCAGGUGUCGGUGACGAGCUUCGAAGGCGACAGCUCGGGCAACUCGCCGCAGCGCGACUACGUGCAAGAGGCCAUCGACUACUUCCGGGCCAAAUUGGAGCAGUACGGCAACGCCGAGGUGCCCAUCAAGUCGCUGCUCGGGCACCGGUCGCAGGCGACGCCCGAGAUCAGGCACGUCUCCGGACAGCACGGAAGGGAGUUUCGGGACUUUCUGGCCAAACACUCGGAUGUGUUUGUGGUGAAGGAGGAGCAUGUGGUACUGCGCAGCGUCCUCCAGAAUGCUGCCCAGGGAGAUGCAGUCAUCAAGGUGGCAGAGGAGGCGCCCCUGGACUCUGGAUUGCGUGACCAACUGACGUCCAUCUUUGAGACGUUCCUGCGGUCACGGGGUGGGUCAGCCAGCCUGGACGCCUUGUAUGGGCACCUGACCUCGCGCUUCAGCCGCGACACCUACUCACGCAUGAUGCAAAGUCCGCAGGACCUGUCGGCAUUCCUACGCAUGAACACCCAUCGAUUUCAGAUUCAGGCCAGUGUGGUGACACUGAUCGAGAGGACACAACCGGAACCUGCCGCCACACCAUCACGUGGCAGCAUCCAGCAGAGGCUCAAAUCGCAUAUCCUCAAGGCAGUGGCCGACAACUCGGCCAUGGACCACAAGAUGGCUGGUGUCAACUCGGCACGUGAGCAAGACCAGACCCUGGGCGACAUGCUGCGAGGAGUACGUGUCAUCACCAAGGUGAAGGAAUGCGAGGCACUGGUUUUGCGGCUGAGCAGCCAGCACCAGCUGGUUGCCCUGGACACUGAGGGUGUCAACCUGGGUCCGCAGGGUCCACUGACCCUUGUGCAGCUGGCUACCCCUGCAGCCGAGGUGUUCCUCUUUGACGUGCAGUCGGCACCUCAGCUGUUCACCGAAGGACAUUUGCGGGACAUCCUGGAGGCUGAGCACAUCACCAAGGUUAUGCAUGACUGCAGGAAUGACAGUGCAGCCCUGUUCUUCCAGUUUGGCAUCAAGUUACAGAAUGUGUUUGACACUCAGGCGGCACAUGCAACACUGCAGCAGCAGGAUGUGGGCAAGCCUGUGCACAAGGUGAAGAACGUGUCACUGGGCACCCUGUGCACCCUGUACGGUGGACCAGCCAAUCCACGCCGAGACCAGGUGAAGAGCUUGUACCGAAGGGACCAAAAGUUCUGGAGCCGGCGUCCCCUGAGUGAGGACAUGAUAUUCCACGCGGCCUUCGACGUGUUCUGCUUGCUGCCCGGUGUGUAUGGGGCCCUGCAGGGAGCCCUGCGACCCGAGUCUGAGCCUCUUUUGUGGGCCCUGUGUGAGGAGCAGGCCUUGGCACACAUCAGCCCCGACGAGGUGAAGCAGCGCAAGAAGCAGCGCAAACUGGACCACGAGGUGGAUGAUUUACGCCGGCGCCUGGAUGCGGCCCGGCAUACGCAGCGCCAGGUGGUGCUGAGCAAUCGUGAGAUACGCCUUCUCAGGUAUGUGAACCUAACGGAAGAGGAGUGUGCCCGCAUUGAUGGAAAUCCCAAGGUGGCCCGCAAACUGGAUCGCCUACGGAACCGUGGUGCGGGAGCAGCAGGGACUGGUGCAACAGAUGGCUCGCCAGGUAUUGGCGAUGAGGACGAUGAAGAAGACGAGGAUGCAACUGAGUCAGAGUCUGAGUCCACCGAUUCUGACCUUCCGAGGUCAGGUGACUGGAGCUGUGAUUCACUAGGUGCCGCAGUGUCACCCAGCCACUCAACGGACUGUUCGGGGCCAAAGGCACCUAGCCCAGUGACAGCCAAUGGACACACCUCAAGGGAUGGCUGCUGCUACUGCUGCUGUGGGGAAGGCCGAAUGCCACGGGAGGGUGUGGACGCGACCUGUCAAACACUUUCCACAGGCGACAUUGUCAUAACUAAAGUGUUCUUUGAAGAACAGGAGCACGGAGGAAAAACAAUCAUCCAGUGAGAUUUUGCAUGCCUUAGGGAACAACUAAACCAGUGAAUGUAGUGUGCCUCAAAGAACCAUUAUUGUUUGUGACAUGGCAUUUAGGAGGGCUUUCCUCAACUGGCACCGGUGAACCAAGUGAUAGCCCAGACGAAAUAGAACAGCAGGUUUUGCAAGGUGACGUGUGACCCGUCUAUGGAGUUCCACAAACACUCAAGAAAGAACAUACCUGCCAUGUGAGAUUUCUUAUGCACUAGUUUUUCUAUGCAGUGCUUGCUUGUCCAGAGCCUAUAUGUAUAAGUGCCUUGAUAUAGCCGCUCACUACCUUCAAGGAUUUGUGUGACGCUUUCUGGUUUGAGGGAACCUUUUUCUCACAAGUGUGCACAGCCUGUUGCAGUGAGUUAACCAAGUGUGGCUGCACACAGUGCAUUGAAAGCAAUGACGCUGGAUCAUUUAAAUAGGUUCUACAUUAAUUCUUAGUAUGAAUGACAGGUGGUGUAUUGCACAUUUGGGCAUGUAAACUGCUCUGUGUGAACUUGCGGGGAUGAUGUUUUUGUGUUUUGAAAAUAAAAAUAAUUCUAGAUGCUC